AAAAUUACGUUCCUCAAAAUUUCUUUAAUCAAAAAAUAUGCGAACAAAUAAUACCAAUUAAAAUUUAUGGGAAAUAUUUAAGAAUGUGGCUUAAGCAAGAGGCUUGGGAAAAUCAAAACGGAAUCAUAAUUAACGUUCUUUAAAAUAAACUUCAAAAAUUUGCGUACCAAAAACAUCGCACUAAACCAUUGGCCGCCUUAGCAACAUGUUGCCGCAACAUUUACCUUCCCAUUAGCAACUAUUAAGCGCAGUAAUAACAAAACCCUAUUAUUUUAAGGAAAAAUUUGUGAAAAUCACUACACCAUAAAACCAUACCUGAAAAAGUGGUUACCAACGCAAAAUAUAGCAGCAACAACAACAUCCAGCCACAUUUUAUGGAACAACAAAAUAAUUUAGACACCAAAAAUGUUCAGUUCAGCGGAUGUGGCCGCAGUGCGUCAUGUGGUGCAACGCAUAUUGGUGCCAUGUGUAUUUGUGAUCGGAUUGCUGGGAAAUUCUGUGAGCAUUUAUGUGCUGACCAGAAAGCGCAUGCGUUGCACAACAAAUAUUUACCUCACCGCCCUCGCCAUCACCGACAUUAUUUACCUCACCAUGGCAUUGUUGCUAUCGCUCAAACACUAUGAUUACGUGCAGCGUCAUGUGGAGAUCUUUUGGAAGUGCUAUGGCUACGUGGUUUGGCUUUGUGAUGCUUGUGCAUAUAUUUCCAUUUACAUUGCCGUGUGUUUUACGAUCGAACGAUUUAUAGCGAUACGCUACCCGCUUAAACGACAGACAUUCUGUACGGAAUCGUUGGCGAAGAAAGUCAUUACAGGAGUCGUCCUCUUCUGCCUGUUCUCCACUAUUUCGACAGCAUUCGAACAUCAGUAUCGCAUCACUAAGAAAUCAAUUGAUAUCCAUGGCAGCGUAUGCAAUAUAACCCCAGCGAAUGCGCCAGAGCGAUUGGCAUUGCUACAACUGAAUUACAACGAAAGCGCACGCCAGCAGCCACAACAACAACGACAAGUACAACAUCGAUCAAGGAACCAACAAGACGACGAACAACAUUUACCAUUGCAACAUAAUGUAGCAUUGCCGGCACCAACGACGCCAUACAUCGAUUUCGAAGGCAGUGGUCAGGCUAUUGCGGAUGAGCGCACCGAGCAUAGCCAUUGGCAGGCGCAGGGUAUAGUUGCUACAACUGGGGCAGUAGUGAAUAAAAGGGACAAUUUGGAUAGCGGUAGCAGCACUAGUGGGAACAAUCGAGAAGAAGGAGACGGUAACGGAGAAGAUGGAAGCAAUGCGUGGCAGCUAAAGCCGGAUGUAAUAUUGCGUCGAUUGAAACGUACAGUAGACCUGAAGCAAGCAGCGGCCCCAUCGAUAUUGCCGUCAACUUCGCUCACACCAUCGAUUUCUCUUGUUACACCUUUGCCAAUGGCAAUAGCAGCAGUCAGACCAAGUGACGCGCAAGUGAAAGUUUCCGACGGUGCAGCUUCGAAGGCCGCUUUUUUAGCGACAGCCAGUAGAAACAUUCCUAGCAUUGUCGCAAGCUACCUAUCCUUGGAUAAACGCUCCGAUCACUUGCUCGACUCUGAGUUUUUGGUGAGCUUAGGUACGCCGCUUUUAGGUAACGUUGGCGGAAAUGAGCAAAUAGUGGAUGGCAUGCACGGAGAGCUUAAGCGGGAGCAACUACCUGCUGAUCCGACUAAAGCGGGUGAGUCGCAGCAGAACUUCGAACCUCAAGAGGCUGAAGCUGUCUUCUUCAACAUAACGGAUUAUUGCGAAGAAGUCACCUACUACAAGAAUUGUCUAUCAAGCCUGGGUGAGAAUGCGCUAUACACACGCCUCUGGUACUUUUUCACACUUUUCGUUUUCGUUUUGAUGCCACUAUGCCUGCUGGCCACCUUCAAUUGCUUCCUGAUAAUGUUGGUGCGUCGCUCGAAGAGUUUGCGCGGCGAGAUGACAAAUGCGAAUAGUAUACGACGCUCCCGCAUGAGCGGCAAAGGGCCACGCAAGUCGCAUAGCUCAUCCGUUUCACAGGAGAAUCGCAUCACCGUCACACUGAUUGCCGUGGUUUUGCUCUUUAUCGUGUGCCAACUGCCUUGGGCUAUAUAUUUAAUCGUUUCGGAGAAUGUCGAUAUCGAUCACAAUGUGCAAGCAAUAAUUGGUAAUAUUUUCAAUUUUCUUGCUGCCAUCAAUGCAGCCGCAAACUUCUUCCUCUAUUGUGUGCUAUCGGACAAGUAUCGGAAAACGGUGCGCGAACUGAUAACCGGCUACAAAUAUCGUGCACAUGCGCGCAAUACGAGCGCCAAUGCGAGUCUCUUUACGAGUACGCAAGCAUCGCAAUCGUUGAAUGGCAGUCGACGUUAUCGACCGACCGCAGCAUCGUUAGUGGUGAAGUGAGUGUGGGUGGGGCAGUGCUGUGGUGGGCUCUCGCGAGGUGGGCCAAUUGUAUUCUGCUUAGUUGAAUUUGUGUGUUUAUUGUUGUUAAUGAUGUGUGCCUCGAUAGCGCAGUUUAACUCGUUGAUUAAAUUAAAAUUAGUUAGUAUUUAUUGAAUAAUAUUCUAAUUUAAGAUAAUUAAAUUUGAUUUAGGUAUUUCGUUAAGUGCAUAAGUAACGAUUUUCAUAUUUAAUUUGAAUGAAAAAUGGUAUGUUUCGUGCUGGCUAAGUAUUGAAUUUUAAUUAAGUGACUAGUUGUAAUUUAUUCUAUGCACAAGCAAAUGAGUCGAAAAAUAUUUUAUGAUAA